UUCCCUUUUUCAUUAAUUUUUCUUCCUUCUUCAUCUUUCCUCAUCCUUCAUCUUUCUCCUCCUUCAUUUUUCGUUCUUAUUUCCAUCUUCCUUCUUCUGUGCCGCCGGGACGACACUCGCCGUCGCCGCCGAUCGAUUCUCCGGUUUGUUUUUUUCCCUUUUUUUGUCGUAUUCUCCCUCUGCUGCUCCGGUACUUCCACCACUGCUGAAGGAAAUAGAGAGGGAACGGAACAGUUACCAUCACAAUUGGAGGCUGCUCGCUGGUCGGCGUGUUUUUCUUCCCGCUGUGUUUUCCGGUGGCCGUUCACGAUCGUGAACCUCCGCGAAGAUUCCUCCUUCAACCACCGGAAUCGCGGAGAAAACUGAUUCUCCUUGAGCGAACCUCGGCGAUAAGGACGACGUAUUAGAAGAAAAUAUUUUCUUCUCGCCUACGGUUUCAAUUCAAGUCGGUAAUUUUUAUGUACCCAAGAUGUCACAUAGGAGAGAAGGGGUGAAAGACACCAGCCAUUUAUCCCUGGAAGAUUUAAAACACAAUUAUUUUAGAGAACUUAGAGACAAGAAAGUCAAGAUCAGAAGUUCUGGGAAGUAUGUUUUCUGUCCUUAUUGUCGAGAUAACAGGAGAGAGUAUGAUUUCUCUGAGUUAGAAAGGCAUGCUUCUCGAAUUGCUCGAGAGUCAAAAAGUGCAAGCUUCAAUGAUAAAGCUAGACAUCUAGCACUGCUCAAGUAUUUGAGUUGGUAUGAGCCGACGCAGAUGAAGUCACAGGAAUGUCCUGAGUCUGUAGAUGCUUUUUCAAGUGAUCAAAAUAAACAGAAAUUAAGUAUAGCAACCAAGUUUCAUGAUGGGGUAACCAGUGAAACAAAAAGAAAGAAGCCCACUGACAAACCAGUUGAAUAUGUAAAUGUUGUAGAAGUCAAGGCUACUGGCAGCACUGUUGAGCCUGAUGAAUCACUGACAAAGAUAGGUAGGGAUGCACAUUCUGCUGUGAAUGAACUGGACAGCCAACCUGGAGAAAACAUUAAUGAACCGGUCAAAGUUAGUGAGAAUGCCAGAGAUACUGGGAAAAAAAUACGUGAAAAAAGUUUCAAGCAUGACUUGAAAAAGGAAUCACUUUCAACUAGAUGGAAUUCUUCUCGUAGAAGGCAUGAUGAGCUUAUUGUUUGGCCUUGGACAGGCAUUCUUGCUAACAUUCCUAUUCAAAAGAUAGAUGGAAAGUAUGUGGGUGAAGGCGGUCGAAAACUGCGAGAGGAGUUGGUUAGCCGAGGAUUCAAUCCUCUAAAGGUGCAUCCACUAUGGGAUAUCUAUGGUCACUCAGGGUUUGCAAUUAUUGAAUUCAACAAAGAUUGGGAAGGAUUCGAGCAUGCUAUGGCAUUUGAGAAGGCUUUUGAAAUUGACCAACAUGGGAAAGCUAAUUGGAGAAAAGCUAGAAAUAAAGGAGAUAAGCUGUAUGGUUGGCUUGCCCAUGAAGAAGAUUAUUGGUCCAGGGGUCCUAUUGGCAAACACCUCCAAAAGAAUGGCGAUCUUAAAACCUUAUCUGAAAUAGAAAUGGAAGAUAACAGGAAAAACGUGACCCUUGUAAGCAAUUUAGAAAAUGCAUUGUCAUCAAAGCAGAUGAAAUGUGAAGAGAUAACAGAGAAAAUUAGCAAAACUGAACUUUGUAUGGAAAAAGCUAUCUCAGAAAAAGAAGAGAUGAUUGCGAGCUACUACAAAGAGAUGCAGGAUAUGCUGGUGGAUGCUUCUGAAUUGCUUCGAAAAACUUUGGAAGAGCAUAGUGAAAGCCAAGCACAGUUGGAGGCUCAGAGAGAAGAGCUAAAACUGAGGGAGAGAGAGCUGAAACAACGUCGAGCCUGGAAUGACAGUGAGAAGAGAAAGCUUGAGAAGCAAAAGACAAUGAAUGCGAGGGCUAUUAUGGAGCAAAGGAUUGCUGACGAAAAAAUGUUGAAACUAGCUGAGGCACAAAAGAGGGAGAAGGAAUCUGUUAUGGGAACGAUCAUUAGACUCGAAGGAGAGCUUGACAAAAAACAAGCCAUGCAGUUGGAGAUAGAGAGGCUGAGAGGCGAUUUAGAGGUGCGGAAGCACAUGAGUGAUGAAAAUACAGAAGAUAAGGAGAAGGUGGAGGCACUCGAAAAGGAGCUGAAGGAAAAAGAAGAAGAAUCUAAUGAUCUUGAUUUGCUGACACAAACACUUAUAGUAAAAGAGAGGAGAGCAAAUGAUGAGCUGCAGGGUGCUCGUAAAGAGUUAAUGCAUAAUUUAAAUGGUACCCGGGGAAACAUCUGUGUCAAGAGGAUGGGUGAACUCGAGGGAAAACCAUUCAUCGAAGCUGCUAAGAGGAACUAUGCUGGUGAAGAUGUUCCCGAAAAAGCAAUGGAGCUAUGUUCAAAGUGGGAAGAUUACCUCAGGGAUCCCAACUGGCAUCCCUUUAAGGUCAUCAUGGUUGGAGAUGCUGCGAAGGAAAUACUCAACGAAGAAGAUGACAAGUUGAAGGAACUGAAGUCUGAAUUAGGUGAUGAAGUGUACACGGCAGUGACAACGGGGCUUCUGGAACUGAAUGAAUACAACCCAAGUGGGAGGUACCCAAUACCUGAGCUGUGGAAUAGCAGUCAAAGCCGAAAGGCCUCACUAAAGGAGGGCAUUGAAUAUAUGCUCAAACAGUGGAAGGUUUGCAGAGCUAAGCGCCGCAGGAACUGAAAGGCGACAAAUAACUUGUUGCUUGUAUUCUGGCUGCCUGGAUGGCUCGAUUUCGCGUAUGUUUCUCUCUGGUUUGGCUGUCUCUGUUUCCGGGUAACCCUCCUGCCUUCCUGUUCUUAGAUUUUCUAUUACAUAUUCACAGUGACUUAACUCAGAAUUCGACUGACUGAUUGAGUAAGUUAGAAUGGAUUUCUACUAUGGUGGUAUAUACUUGUUUUGUUUUUGUCCAUUGGAUGGAUCUGUUAAUCUGUUUGGACUUUAGAUCUUUAUUUUAUGAA